AUGCAUUUGAGACUAGAUGUGGACGUCCAAAAGUUAGAGGCCAAAAAAUUGAAGAAAGGGAAGAAUAAAGUAGAGGAGGAUCUGGAUAGCUUAAAGACAGACUACAAAAAGCUACGGGUAUCAAUGAGAACCACGAGGUUGGGAAAGACCUCAGAGCAAUGGCGACGGGAGAUCCAAGAAGAAAGAAACAAGGCUGAUGGAUUGAAAAAGAAAUGCCAAGAGACUCAAGUACAAAACCAGGCCCUGGAAAGGAAUCUGUUAGAAAGUCGGGGUGUGAUAGAUGAAUUAAAGGCACGAAUAGCUAAACUUGAAAGGUCUCUUCAUCGUUACCGAAAUUAUAAUACCGCGGUGGAAUUAAGAGCGAGCUUGAACAAGAUUGAAGAAACAAAGAAAAGAGUGGAAGAGUUAGAGACGAUGCUACAAGAUUGUGAGACGCGGAUUGCAUUUUUUGAAGCAAAUGAAGGGCGUCAGAAAGAACAGCUCCAUUAUUAUCAAAGCCAAGUUAGAGACAGGGAUCACGUCAUGGGAGAAGCUGUAACCUAG